AUGAGCUGUGAUUAAUUCAGCCCCGCCCCUUUUCUCUUGUGACACGCCCCUUUAGAAAUAAUUAAAACUAGUGUACUUAGUACUUUAACCUGUGACCUCUAACUCUGAAUCCAGAAUAAUAAAGAUGUCUACCAAUGUUGUGUUAGUUGGUCUUAGAAAGCCUGUUAGCUUGUGCUUGGUGAAAACUAGCACUGUCAAGCAGCUCAAGGAGAGAGUGUCUCCAGGGCAUUGUGCUGAUUAUUACCUGUGCUGUGGGGGGUCCCCCCUGGAUGAUGAUGAUGUCAUAACCCCCUCCUCUCAGCUAUGUGUGCUCACAGCUCAUUAUCGACUGUGCGGGGGAAAGGGAGGAUUUGGUUCAUUGAUUCGAGCGACUGGAUCUCACAGAAACAGGAAUGCUGACAAGUCUGCUUGUAGGGACAUAUCUGGCCGCAGGAUGAGGGACAUAAAAAACGAAAAGAAAGUGGCCGAGUGGGUGGCUGGAGAGAGUGACCGCAACAGACAGCGUACUGAGCGAAAGAAAAGGAGGCAGCAAAAGUUGCUAGAGGAGCCUCGACAUACAUUUGAUGACUCUUCCUACAUGGAUGCAAUUCGCUCAACUGAAGAGGGAAUGGCAGAGUCAUUGAAGCGUGGGCUACAGCAAGACAACGACCCAUCAUCAUCAUCAUCACUACCUCCUGCCAAGAAAGCUAAGCUUUGGAUGCAUUCUGAAGACUUGAGCAGCAGUUCUGAUGAUGAUGACAGCUCACCAUCUCCCUCUGCUAGUCACAGUGGCUCUUGUGAGGAGGUGGUUAUCAGUCAAGUCAUGCGACCAUCUAAUAAAGAGGGCAGCCCAUCUCCAAAAGAGGGGACCUCUCCUGACAGCCCACCACUGGGAGUCAGUGCUGCCCCACCAACACCACCGGGAGUCAGUGCUGCCCCACCAACACCACCGGGAGUCAGUGCUGUCCCACCAACACCACCGGGAGUCAGUGCUGCCCCAUCAACACCACCGGGAGUCAGUGCUGUCCCACCAACACCACCGGGAGUCAGUGCUGUUGUCAGCUUGGAGGAGGUGGUGGACCCUGGCCAAUACUCUAGUGUGGAGGAUCUAUUGGCAGUAGGAGGAGAGCUACUAAAGAGGUCAUUGUCAUCUAGAGGUCUCAAGUGUGGGGGGACACCAUUAGAGAGAGCACGGAGACUGUUCAGUAUCAAGGGGCUCUGUAAAGAACAAAUACCAGCCAAAUUGCUGGCCAAGACAAAGAAGAAAUGAACAUUAUUAGAUCUGACUUGCCCAUAUGUCAUCAUAAUUCACUGUUAAUUCUCAAGAAUUGUAUUAUUGACAA